AUGCAAUUUCCAGUUUUACAAGAUGUUGGCGAUCCAUUACCCCAACCGGAUGGUUUAAUUCUCGAAGAUGGAAUAAACUGGGAGGAAGAACUGGCCAAAAUAAUUUACCCACCCAAUUGGCAGUACAAGAAAGAUUCCGAGGAAGGUGUUCUGAACAUAUUUAAACUCACAAAAUGUUCGGGUGCAAUGUGUCUCCAAAAGAACAUUGUGUUUAAUAACGGUUCAAUACGUUACGAAGUACAUGGCGCGCGAGUACCUGACCAUCUUGGCUAUUUGUCAGCAGAAGUAUUUUCGAUUGACAUGUUGAAAAACGCUGUGAAAACUUUCGACGAAGCAGACUUGUGUGUUGGUGUAACAAUUUCCUUGAAAGACAAUAAUGCACACCAACAGUUAAAGCUUAUGGAAUGUACAGAAGGCUUUUGGGACGGCAAAGUCUUGCGAUCGUACAAUUGCGACAGGCUUUUAAAACCAUGUUCCUCAAAGUUCCAUACAUCACUCAAGGCCGUGGCAUGUAAGGAAUGUCGGAAACUAAAAAAUGCCUUAAAUAAGAAAAUAUGGAACCUUAACCAGACGUGUAUGAAGAGGACACUCGAAAAAUUUAGAACUGCUAGAGCAAAGGCUGUAAGAACUUCCGCACGCAAAUCGACAAUUCUGAAGAGGGUGAAAUAUGAGCUUACUGAGCUGCGCACUAAACUGUCAGUGACAUCGGAGGAUUUGUUCCAUGAAUACAUCAACACUCUUCCACCACAGGUUCCGUCUUAGAUAAUUUAUUAUAUUUUUCGUAUGCAUCCAAAUAUCAUUUUUUCUUAUCGUGAGGUAGAUACUUUUUUCUGAUAUUGACAUUGACUGAUAUUUACUAUACGUACCGCUUGUUAAACACUUUCUUUAGAAUAACUCAAUUUAGCUUUCAUAUUUUCCUAGUUUGAUUGCAUGCAUACGCUUUCCUUAUUGGAAGUUUUUGUUUUUAUAAUGAAGUUAUAAAUAAACCGCGACAUUGUGUUU